GCCGCCUGCCGCUCACCGCACCCUGACCCUGACCUGACCUGACCUCACCCCACCUCACCUCACUCUUUAUUCUCAUCCGCUCUCCUUCCUCAACUCACCUUACUCUACUCUGACACACCAGCAUCACCAUUGCCUCAAUCCGAUCGAACAUUACUCUAUCGUCUACGAAGAGACUUCCACUUCUCCUUUCCUAGUCGUAAUCGCACUCCCUCAGACAGCCACAUCAGUAGGCAGCUCGCCGGUACCUCACCCACUCUAGCUGAACGGAAGGACAAAGAGAUACAAGACCUCCACUGCUGCGUCACGCGAUCAUGAGACCGACCAUCAUGCUCAAACAAGGCGGCAUGCUUGUUCUCCUGCUUGUGCCUCUCAUGGCUCUCGUCUCUCUCCCUGGUGCCCUGGCCUCUGUCAACGCCGAUCCUCUUGACCACACCUCUCUUCACGACCGCGACGACAAUCUACUCAUCAACGCAGGCACCAACGCCCACGCUCUCCUCCACGCCAACGCCCGCUCCCUCCCUUCCACCGCCCCCACUCUCACCUCUCGCGACUGGCCCUGGCAAUCCGAGCUCUCCAUUGCCACCUCUGGCGCAUCCGCCGCAGUCAGUGCUGCCACUGGUCAGGCUAGUACACAAGUCAGUAUUGCUACUCAGAUUGCUUCUAGUGAGAAGAGCGUAGCGACGAGUGCGGCUAGUAGUGAGAGGGAUGGGGCGGAAAGUACUGCUAGUAGUGAGGAGGAGGGAGCGAAGAGUACUGCGAGUAGCGCUGUAGAUGGGGCGACCAAGACGGCGAGUAGUGAGGUGGAUGGAGCGACGAGCACUGCUUCGAGCGCUGUAGAUGGAGCAAGCUCGACUGCUGCUACUGCGACUACCACCGAGACCGCCUCGACCACAACCUCAGCUUCAAGUACCGACUCUGCCUCUGCUGCAGCUUCAGCCUCGGCAGCUGCCAAUGACGAUGAGAAGGACGAUAGUGCCUCGGAUGGAUCUUCUUCACUCAAGCCUCCUCGCUCAACUUUCGUCGCCCUCGACCCGAUCGUCACAAUGGUCCUUGGCUGUACUCUUGUGAUUCUCGUCUGGCUUUAGACUGAAAGAGUCUUCGACGGCCUGUCGUCAGAAUCAAUUGGCUAGGAGCAUAGGAGACGUUCUGCUUCGAAGCUGAACAAUCGAUUGAACACCAAAGCCGAAGAUGGCUUGCACGCGAAAGACUCGUCAAUGUUUUCAUUAAUUCAUCACCGUUGGCAAUACUGUUCAUCGCCGUCGUUUAUGGAGCCUUAGUCGCUGUUGAUCCCAAGUAAUUCC